AUGAGCCAACCACAGGCCAUUCUCGUUCUAUUGUCGAGUGUAUUUUUAACAUCAUUCGUCUGUGCCCAAUAUGGUAGACCUGCUGGCAAUAUCAAUCCUGGAUACGGUGGUACAGGUACCAGUGUACAAUCAGGAUAUUAUGGAUACAAAGGCCAAUAUCCUGGCAGUACAGGUACCAAUUCACCAUCAGGAUAUUAUGGACCCAAAGGCCAAUAUCCUGUCGGAGGACCUGGUGGAUCAGAUGGAAAUUCAGAACCCGAGCCGUUCAACUUUGCUUACCAAGUAAAAGAUGCACCCACAAAUACAUACUUCAAGCACGAAGCCAACAGUGACGGCAAACGAGUGACCGGAGCGUACAGCGUACUUCUUCCUGACGGUCGUAAUCAAGUAGUGACAUAUGUAGCCGACGAAAGUGGUUACAACGCCAAGGUCAACUACGAAGGGGAAGCUAAACCACAACUAGCUCAACCAGGCAGCCUAGGAGGUUAUCCUUCCACACCGGGUUUCCUUUCUACUGCUCCUAAAUAUCCCCCUGCCCCAAUACGUGGUUCUGCUCCUGCCCCUGGUUAUCCUUCUUCUGCUCCUGCCUUUGGUUCUCCUGCUUCAGCUCCAGCCAGUGGCCCAUCGUCUGCCCCAAGUCUUGUAAAGUACUAG